UCUGAGCAAUGUGCCAGCAGCCAGAUCAUAGACAAGUUGUCGUCUGAAAGCCAUGAGACAGAAAAGACAGCAGCGUUCACAACGGAGUGUCAAACAGUUCGGAGCCGCUGGGAUGUGUGGGUUAGAUUAAAAAUAGUAUCAGUGCGACUGAAGACCGGAGUUCAUAGCAUAAUCCAUUACUCGAUGCGGCAGUUUUGACGGAAUGUUUCGAUUAGUGUUUGUCUUUCUCCUCAUCAAUGGUACUGGAGCCUCUGGUGGAGGGCAGCAGUCUGCAGAAUACUCACCAGGUGUGGCCUAUGAGUCUGUCCAUUCUCAGUACAUGCCCAACCCUGCUGCCGUUGACCACCUCUACUUGGGAGAACCAAUUGUUUUUGACGCAAGUCCUCAGUUUGAAACCUUAGCUGUUCACAAAUCACAAACCGGGAACAGAGAUGCCAUUCUCGACGUGACUAGGAUCUUACCUGACCCUGUUCUACAGGGGCCCUAUGGAAAUGAAGACGAAGAAUAUAAUGAGGUUGGGAACUCUGACACAUGCAUAUCCAACAGCUGUGCUGUCGAUCCUACACCAGACCCUGGAUUUCUGAGCAUUUCAAACUCAUCUCCUCAGGAUUUGAAAGGCCCAAAUUUAAAUGCUGGGUUUCUCUCAAACGCUGCUUUUGUUCCCACUUUCCAUGAGGCAACGGAGGGAAGUGGUGACAUGCAUGAACAGCUGCUUGAUCGUAAUGGAGCUGACCCUAAAUCCCAAAGGAUAAUCGGGUCAGAAAUCAAAGAAAUCACUGGAAGGUACAAAAGCUUGGUAACUCCUGUUUCCAAAGAAAAUCAACCAGAAAACAGCUUGACUACGCUUCACACAUUAAAUCCUCGGCCAGCACAGGACUCUACCACCCCAACAAAAUCCAUCAUUAGUUUCCAAGAGACCAUGUCUACAACAGAUGGGCUGUUGGUAGACAGCAGGAGGGAGAACAACAAUAAGACAGUUCCAGAGAGGACAUCAACCAGAACACGAAAGAUAUCAAAUAGCCAUUGGCCAAUCAAAUCAGCAACGGUUCCUGAGCCAAAUACAGAUCAGAGCUCAAAUGAUUCCUGGAUUGCUUGUAAUCCAGGAUAUAUCCGUGAAAACAACUCCUGUUGGUCUGUGUGUGAAGUCAUUCCCGAUUACUGUUUGAAUGGAGGUAAAUGUGGAGUCAUCGAAAACAUUGGCGUGUUUUGCAGGUGCAGUGAGAAGGAACACACUUGGUACAAAGGACAGCGCUGUCAAUCAGUUCUUACAGAGAUUCAGCUCACGUGUAUAUUGAUUGGGGCGUGCUUGCUCGUUCUUCUCCUAUUCCUCACGCUGCUGGGAGCCUUUGCUAUAAAACUACGGUCUCUAAAAAAUGAACAGCAAACAUUUGACUCCAGAAGCAAGCUGUGGAUUUCCUCAACACCACACAUCAACUCUUCUUUCUUCUCUGAAAUAAGCCAGCAGGGAAGUUGUUUCCCAUUGGCUAGCCAUACCCCCAACUCUCAAUCCACACCGAUCAGUGAGAAUCACCCGACUCAGGUGUUUUCCAAUUCUUUUCAGGGAAGCUUUAAAUCACAGCAGAAUGUGCAGAAAGAGGGUUUGACCAGAAGCCAUGGUGAAGAUAUGGCAUUGAACAUUCAAAACACUUGGAUUUCAAAGUGUAAUGGAAAUGCUGAGGUUGAUCACGAUGUUUGCAUUCUUUGGAGAACUGAACGGACAGCCGUUUGAUGGCCAUCAGCAGUUGGGAGUGUGAGUGAACCUAAAUAGUCAUCAAAUAUAAAUCUCAGAGCAAUGACCAACAUCGAACAUAGAACUCUAAAACGUAAGAACUGACUACAAACCACAGACUAAAUGACACAAGUUGCGAGAGGUUUCCAUGUCACUUUAACCAAGCCUUGGCUCCUGGAUUCCGUUUUUAUUUUUCUGAAGAGAUUUUCACAGUGGAUCUUCCUCCUAACCAUAUCAAAUCCAUCUGUCUCUGGCUGUUGAAACAUUCAUAUAGCAUCCAAAUACAUAAUUUCAGAUUAAAGCCACUGAGCAUUUAGGAAAAAUAGGGAAUUGGAGACAAACAGCAUGGAUGUGUUCAAAGCAAGCCAUGUCCAAGAAAUUUAUCAGAGAUUUCUGAAGAAGUUAGUGUUUGGAUAAACAAAGAUAAUGCAGUGGAUGUAUUUUAUAUGGCUUUCCUGAAAGUACCAGAUGAAGUGUCUCACAAGAGGUUUUUUAGAGAAGAAAAAGAUGUGAGUCUUAUGAGGUAUUGUAGUUGGGAUAGGUACUUUGUGGCAGAUGGGAAAACAAGGGAUUAUGGGAAAUGGAUUGUUGAUUCGGCAAAAGGCUAAGUCCCAGGCGUCGGUGCUGGAUCUAUUUUUGUUUUCUUAUAAACCAAUGGUGGACUCUUAGGAACAUCUGCUGAUGAUGGGUGGACAACGAUGAGACUGGAAGGAUGGAGAUGGGCCAGUGGAAGACCAGCGACAGAUGGAAUUAGAGCUGGAGAAGUGUGAGCUAGUACCUUUGGUGAGGAAAUCAAAGACUGGACUAUGCAAUAGAAAUAAACUGAAAAGUGACAAUAACCAAAAGAACUGCAUGUGUAGCUUGUUAAGACUCUUAAGAGUCAUUGACUAUCAUUCUGAUAGUCAUUGAUAAAAAGUAUACAAUAGAAAUGAAAUAUGGAUGAUUUUCCACACAGCAAUAGCGCAUCGUGAUAGGACAAUAUGAGCUUUUGAUGUCUCUUUGUAGAAAGUAUGUUAGAUCUAUAGGAAAGAUUAAAAUGAAAAAUCACCAGUUUGAUGCCAGAUACAGGAAUUGCAAUCGUGAUUGAGGCUUUGACAUGCUGUAGCCAUUUUUUACUGGUUCAAAGUAGAUUCUGAGGAGAUUUAAUAAAGAUUAUCUUAAAUUGUGAGGUUUGAUUGAGUUUUGAAUAAUGAUUUGCCUUGGUUGGUGAGUUAAUGAUUUGGAUGAAGGGACUCAGUGAUUGAAACCAAUUUUGCUCCUUAUGCUAAUAUGGAGAUGAAGGCAAGUGAGGAUGUUACACAGAUUAAUUAGCAAAGAGUAGAAUGUGGGAAGUUGUGAGAUUGUCCACAUUGGUGGGAGGAUAGAAAAAGCAGAACGUAACUUAAAUGAGGAGAUACUGCAAAAUGCUGUGGGAUCUGAAUGUCCCCAAAUCGGAAAAAGCCAGCAUACAACAACAGCAAUUAGCAAGGCAACUGGAUUGCCAACCUUUAUGAUAAAGGGGCUGCAGUAUAAAAUUAGGGAAGUUUUGCUACAACUCUGUGCAGCAUUCGUGCAAUUGCACAUCGAGUAUCGUGCACAAUUUUAAUCCCCUUCUUAAAGGAGGAGUAUACUUGAAUGGGAAACUAUCCAAAGAAGGAUGAUAAGGCUGCAUUUUGGGAUGAGUGUUGUGUCUCAUGACGAAAGGGUGAACAGUUUGGAGGUAUUCCCAUAGCAAUUUGGAAGGAUGAAAGAUGAUCUUAUGAGGUGUACAAAUUCUCCGGGUGGGGGGGUGGUGAUAGGGACUUGACACAAUGGUUGUUGACAGGAUGUUUUCCCCCAGUGUGGAUUCUAGAACUAACAGUCAUUUAAGAUGGAGUUGAGCAGGAAUUUCUGUGGAAUUUUCAAAAUUCUGUGCCCCAGCCAGCAAAGGAGGCUGGUCAUUGAACAUAUCUAAGGCUGGGUUCAACACAUUUUCAGUCUACAAGAGAGUUAAGUGUUAUGGGGGACAGGCAGGAAAAUGGAGUUAAGGUCACAAUCAGAUCUACCAUGUUCUUAAUGAAUGUCAGAGAAAGCUUGGGGGCUGAAUGGUCUACUCUUGCUCCUGUUUCCUGUGCCCUGUGUUAUAUGAAGUGUCAUCAAAUUCAUUUUGUCACUGAGGGAAUGAGAUUAAGCUUGAGAAGAAUCUCCUUACCCAGGGAGUCACUGCAAUAAAAUUGGCCCAGUGGGAAGAAAUUUACCCAUUAUGGUGUCUAGGGCUAUUAGUCACAAUAGCACUUGAUGUUAUCAAUGAAAAGCAAACACGCAGUUUCCACAAGUCUAUGUCAAAGUGGCACACUGGUAUUAAGUUUCUCCCACGGUGUUCUUCCACUGAAAAAUGGCUGAGGUGGAGACCAUUGCAUCUUUUCAGAGAAAAUUGAACACAUGCUUGAAACAGAAGCAGAUGUGGGGUUUUAUUGAUACUGUGUGUGUGAGAGACAGGGGAAGUAGUUUUAGAUUGGUCGCACAAAAUCAAAUAUAGACCUGGUGAGCUGAGUGGCCUUUUACUGAGCUAUGAUCGUCUGGAGAUCUGUUCAACUGCCAGCACUCUGAGUUCACGUCGAUAAUUGCAAGUAUGUGAUUGUCUCUCUCAAAUGUUUACUAAAUGUCCAUGCGAUAGCAUUUUCCUGUAUGCGCAGUAGUUCUAUAUUUUGAAUUUUACAACCAGGUAUUUUCUGCAUAUCUAUUAAACGACAGUGUGCUGGGCUCAAUGGAACCAACAUUGAUUUUUAAUUUAGCCCCUUUGUUUCUGUGAAUCCGAAUGAGCUGAAUCGUUGAGACGCCAAUGGCUGAUGGAAAGAUUAGCUGGGCUGGAAAAUUUGGAGUUUUUCUGAGAGUAAUGAUUUGGAGACAUGUUGGAAGAGAAAUAGUUAGAGUAGGUGGAUUCCAGUCUUUGAGAAAUCUACUGAAGGGACCAAUGAUACAAUAUUAAACACAAAAGGUUUAGAAUAGGAGGCAGAUUGAAUCUCUUUAUCCAGAAUACUGUGAUGUAAAAAAUUUGUUUGGGCCAGCAUUUACUGCUCAGAUACAGAGUGGAUUACUAUGCCAUUCCAGAGGAUUGUUAAAGGUCAAAUAUACUGCUGUCAGUCUGCAUAUACAUGGAAUCCAAGUAAGGAUAUUGAUUUAUUUCCCAAAAGGAGAUUACUGAGCUGCCUGGGUUUUUACAACAAUGUUUGCUGUUAAGCUAGCUUUUUAUUGAAGACAAUUUUCAGUAUUGGCCAUGGUGGGAUUGAACCCAGAACAUUAACCUACGGUUUUACAUUACUACAUCACCAUCAGGCUACUGUCCCCUCUUACAGAACUUACAUCUAGAGAUGAAGAACAUCCGGAGCUUGGCAACAUUUAAAAUUAGCUUAAUGUGCAGAUGAAGGCAAAGGGGGUUAAUGAAAAAGCAUGAGAAAAGAGUAAGUAAAUUUGAUCAGGGUUAAUUGCUCGCAUUGCAGAUGAACAGCUACAUGAACUGAUGGGACCAGCAUAAGCAUUUCUUUAUUGCAGGUCCUGGGUAUUUAUAAAUAAAAAUGUAAAUCGCUGGAAAAAAUCAGCAAGUAGAGUUAUCAGACUUGAAACGUUAACUCUGUUGCUCUCUCCAGACCUCCUGAAAUACUCCAGCAAUUUCUGUUCUCAUUUCAGAUUUUUAAUUUUUUUUGCUUUUGUUUAUCUAGGUAUUUAUACCUAUGCUCUGAUGUAGCAUUGUGUUACAAUGCAGGAUUGCCUUACAACACGGUGUUCUUUGCAAUUCAGUGUUUUGUUACAAUGCAGUAUUGUGUUAUAAUGUGGUAGAUUGCAAUUAUUGAUUGAGUCAUUGAUAAUUGUAAUGUGAUUUAAUUGAAGGUGAUUCACUGAGUCAGUCUUAUGUUGGCGUUAAUCCCAAUGCAGUAUUUUGAUGCGAUUCUGUACUCUGCUGCGAUGCAGUAAUGUGUGUGAUAUGGCAGUCUGUAUUGUUGACCAUUGGAUUAGCGUUCAAUGCUGUGUUUCCAUUUCAGCGUGUUCUGAUCUUUCAUCGGAAUGUGUUGUGUAAGCUAAUGAUUCUGAAAGGGUUAACGCAUUGACUUUCACCCAAUCCAAUGAUGUCAUACAAGCUGAGAUGUAGAUAAAGCAGAGAUAACAGAGAUGCUGGAGAAUCUGAGAUAUCAAGGUGUAGACCUGGAUCAACACA